UAGCUCAGAGCAACGCAGCCAACAGAGUCUGUGUCUGAGAAUUACUCUUCACCAGGACCAUCAGGCUUCUCUCCUCUCCUCACAUUUCUUCAACUUAUGCAGUGUUACAACCAUGGCAGCUGCCAGCUGUCUGCUGACUGAAGAGCAGUUUCUGUGCUGCAUUUGUCUGGAUGUUUUCACUGAUCCAGUCACUGUACCAUGUGGACACAACUUCUGUAGAAACUGCAUCACACAGCAUUGGAAUGUUAACCGCACUCAGUACCGCUGUCCCAUGUGUAAAAAACACUUUAAAACACGGCCUGAGUUGCCUGUCAACACUUUCAUAUCUGAGAUGGUCUCUGAGUUCAGACAGUCAGCUGGAAAGAAAAGCAGUAGCAGCUCAGAGAUACAAGUGGCCAAACCCGGAGAACUUGCCUGUGACAUCUGCACUGGAACGAAACUUAAGGCUAUAAAGUCGUGCUUGACAUGUUUCGCCUCCUACUGUGGUAUACACCUGGAUCCUCAUAUGACAGCUGACCCCCUGAAAAGACAUUUACUGACAGAUCCUGUGGAGGACAUGGAGGCCAGGGUGUGUACCAAGCACAAAAAACCACUGGAACUGUUCUGUAAGACUGACCAAACAUGUGUGUGCUCACAAUGCACGGUUUCAGGACACGUUGCACACAACAUUGUUUCUCUGAGUGAUGCAUGUGAAGCAAAGAAGGCCAAGCUGGAGCAGGCAGAGGCUGAAAUCCAGCAGAUGAUCCAGCAGAGACAGCUGAAGAUUCAGCAAAUUGAGCGCUUAAAAGUGCACAGCAAGGAAGAUGCAGAGAAAGAGAUAGCAGACGGAGUUCGGAUCUUCACCUUUCUGAUGCAGACUGCGGAGAGAGCCCUGAAUGAGCUCAUUGAGAUGAUCGAAGAAAGGCACAAGAAGACAGAGGAAGAGGCCGAUGGCUCCAUCAAGGAACUGGAACAAGAAAUCUCUGCACUGAUGAAGAGAACUGUUGAGGUCCAGCGGCUGUCACGCGCUCAGGACCAUCUUCACGUCCUCCAGAACAUCACCUCACUGACCAAUGCUCUACCCACCAAGAACUGGACAGAGGUCAAACUGUGUCCACCCUCAUAUGAGGGGACUGUGAUAAAAGCUGUGGAUGAGCUGGAUGAGAUGCUUAGCAGAGAGAAGAAGCAGCUGCUUCAUGAGGCCAAGCUGAAGAGAGUCCAGCAUUAUGAAGUGAAUGUGAUUCUUGAACCCAAUACAGCUAAUCCCUGGCUUGUCCUGUCUGAUGAUGGGAAGCAAGUCAGGUGUGGUCAGGUGAGGAUGGACAUGCCCGACAACACAGAGAGAUUUUCUCUUUAUGCCACUGUCUUAGCACAGCAGAGCUUCUCCUAUGGAAGAUUUUACUACGAGGUUGAGGUCGCAGGGAAGACUGACUGGACUCUGGGAGUGGUCAAAGGGUCAGUGAACAGGAAAGGAAUAAUCCCGCUAAGUCCGCUGAAUGGCUAUUGGGCUGUUGGUUUGCGGAAUGGAAAUGAGUACCUAACUCUAACCAGUCCAGUUAUCAGCCUCAGUCUGAACUCGAGGCCUCAGAGGGUGGGGGUGUUUGUGAGUUACGAGGAAGGUCUGGUCUCCUUUUAUGAUGUAGAUGCUGCAGCUCAUCUUUACUCCUUCACUGACUGUUGCUUCACUGAGAAACUGUGUCCCUUCUUCAGUCCUGGUCUUCAUCAUGGUGGCAUGAACUCUGCACCUCUGAUCAUUUCACCUGUUAAAGACACUGAUCAGAUCUGAUUGUUCAUAUUUUGUAUUAGUAUUUUGUCAUUUGAGAAGAGGACGUUAUCAGCACUAUAGUGUUACUGCUGUGAAAACACACAUCAACAGAUUGUCACUUCAACAACAGAUAAAGUCAGCAGAAACCUGGUGUGGGAAAGUCUAUCUUAUCUUAUUUUAUCUUAUCUUAUCUUAUCUUAUCUUAUCUUAUCUUAUCUUAUCUUAUCUUAACCUGUGGAAUUUUACCAAAUAAUGACCUCUGAAGUGCCACCCAUGUAUCAGUAUUUUACUGAUUCAAAUAGUGACAUGAAUGGAAACUCCAGUUAUUACACAUACAACACUGAACUCAUUUUUGGCUUGAUUACAUAAUUUAUGGUUUUCACCCUCUUCAUUAUGGAAUAUACUAUAACUCGUCCUUUCAUUUAUAUGACCUGGUAACACUGUGUUUUCAUGGACAUGUCAAUAAAGCAAAUUCGUUAA